AUGGCUGUUCUUCCUCUGGUUUUCUUGUGCAUCCUCGCGCUGGUUCUCCCAGGUGAGUCUGUGCUGUCGGUGGUGGGCGUCACGUUCCACGUAAACAACAAGUGCCCCUUCCCGGUGUGGCCGGCGGCGGCGCCCAACUCCGGCCACCCCGUGAUCGGCGACGGCGGCUUCUUCCUCCCGCCCGGCCAGUCGAAGCGCGUCAUGGCGCCGGCCACCUGGAACGGCCGCAUCUGGGGCCGCACCGGCUGCGACUUCACGGGCGCCAACGGCGGCUGCCUGACCGGUGACUGCGGCGGACACCUCGCCUGCAACGGGUCCAUCGGCGCCCCGCCCGCCACGCUCGUGGAGGUGAACCUGCACGAGGACCAGAGCAAGGGGAGCUCCUCCUACGACGUGAGCGUGGUGGACGGGUACAACCUCCCGGUGGCCGUGUGGACCCGGCCGGCGAACCGCAGCAGCAAGUGCUUCAUCGCCGGGUGCGCCAAGGACAUGAACGCUCUGUGCCCGCCGGAGCUGCAGGUGAGGAGCGGCGGCGGGAAGGGCAAGACGACGGUGGUGGCGUGCAGGAGCGCGCGCCUGGCGUUCGGGCUGGACGCCUUCUGCUGCCGCGGCGCGUACGGCACGGCGGAGACAUGCCGGGGCAGCGUCUACUCGCGCAUGUUCAAGGACGCCUGCCCUGGCUACUACAGCUACGCGUACGACCAGGCCGCCGUCGCGCCGCGCUGCUACGCGCCGGAAUACGUGGUCACCUUCUGCCCGUCCAGAUGGGGCGCCGCGCCCGGUCGUGUAGCCCAGCUUUGA